AUGGGCAAAGGUAAAACGGAUACAGAACCUAUUUGUCCAAGUGAACAAAAUGAUGUCGGAGACAAAUCUCUAAACGAUAAAGAAAAUUCUAUUGAAAAGGAGAAAACGUCACAAGCUAAUCCAGUCAUAAAGGUGCGGAAGGAUAUAGCAAAAGACGACGAGGUAUUGGAGGAUGAGAAUACAAAUGAUAGCCAUACCAGCAGUACAAAUUCAAAUACCAAUAAAUCAUCCACCUCCAGUACCUCAGCGAACAAAAAAGAUAAUAAUAAUAGCAGCAGCAUCAGCACAAACGACGACAACAACAUAAAGUCGUCGACGGAAGCAAAGGAUUCCACAACGGCAACAGAUUCUAAAGAAACACAAUUUCGCAUAGCCUCCAAUAAUACAACAGAAUUUAAAUUACGCAUUGUACCUCUAGAAAAAUUGCUUGAAAGGCCUCCAGCUCCGACUACAAAUUCCUCAACGGCUAGCAAAAAACCAUCGACAGAAAACGUUUCUUCAAACAAAACCAAAAGGGAUAAGAGAAACGAUUUAACCAAGGAAACAAGUAGACGUCUACCACAAAGAAGAUCUAAACCCAUAUCAUUUAUAGAACUAUCCGACACAGAAGAAGACGAAGAAUUGAUAAUUUCCUCCGACGAGGAAUCAAAGAAAAAUAAAAAGGUAACAAAAACAGAGGCUUCAAGAAAGAAAACUACAAAAAAUACCUCAGAUUCUGAAGAAGAGGAUAAAAAAGAUUCGGAAAAAGAGGUCACGAAUCGCACAAGAAAAACUAAAUCGAAUAAAAAAUCCAAAAAAUCAUCAUCCUCGGAAUCUGAGAAAGAGAGCAAAUCCUCAGAGGAGGAAGAAGUAGAAAAAAGAAGGGAUUCAGAGGAGCGUUUAAAAUCGAAAAAGGAUUUGUCAUCCAACGAUAAAUCGAAAGCAGAACACAGCGAAAAAGACGAAAAGUCAUCCAAAGAUAAUUCAGAAGCGCAGGAAGACAACAAGGAAUCGACAAAUAAAGCCAAAAGAAAACGUUCACCAGAAUCAGCGGCAGUUGUUGUCGAAGCCAAACGAAAAGCCUUAGAGAAAAAGAAAUAUUCUGAUACCGAAGACGACGACGACGUAGAAGACAAACCUCUCAAAAAAACCGCCGCAACCAAUAAGAAGACAACUAAAAAGGGAAAAUCAAAACAAACCGCUCCUGCACCACCCCCAUCUCCCUCUUCGGUUAGAUCUUAA